CAAACAUUUGGCUUCUUUAGCUCUCAUAAAACUCCAUACCCAUCCAACACAUGGCCGUCUAAUCAUUUUACUCAAUUAAAGAGCAAAACUUCUAAAUUUUAGUUUUAUUUUCUUGAGAGUGCACCGGAACAAAACAAAAAUAAUGGGAAGAGCACCAUGUUGUGAGAAAAUGGGGAUGAAGAGAGGGCCAUGGACUCCUGAAGAAGAUCAAAUCUUGAUUAAUUAUAUUCAUCUUUAUGGUCAUUCUAAUUGGCGAGCUCUUCCCAAACACGCAGGUUUACUUAGAUGUGGGAAGAGUUGCAGACUUCGUUGGAUCAAUUAUCUGCGACCAGACAUCAAACGUGGCAAUUUCACUCCUCAAGAAGAACAAACUAUCAUCAAUCUACAUGAAGUCUUGGGCAACAGAUGGUCUGCGAUAGCUGCAAAAUUGCCAGGACGAACCGACAAUGAAAUAAAAAAUGUUUGGCACACUCAUUUGAAGAAAAGACUCAACAAAAAUCAAAACAGUGGCGGAGACACCAAAGACAUAAACGGAAUCAACGAGACCACACGUGAAGAUAAAGAAUCUGUGAUUGUCGACGCGACCUCUCCGCAACAGUUUUCUAACAGUGUUACAACAUUUGAUAUUUCAAAUAACAACAAGGACGAAAUGAUGUCGUACGAGGAUAUUUCUGCAUUGGUUGACGAGAGUUUUUGGUCGGACGUCGUGUCGGUAGAUAAUUCGAAUAGUAAUGAGAAAAAGAUAGAAGACUGGGACGGAUUGAUAGAUAGGAACAGUACGAUAUAUAGUUAUAAUAAUUCCAAGUUGUAUAAUGAUGACAUGGAGUUUUGGUUUGAGCUUUUCACUACUAGUCGUAGAAUUGAGGUAUUUUCCGACAUACCGGAGUUUUAAGUUUCAUGUUGCGUUGUUUUUGUCUUUUUUCUUUUUCUUUUUUUUUUUGUAAUCCAAAUGAAUAUCAAUAAUUUAAAUGUCUUGUUUCCUCUCUUUCGUGUUUGCAUGUAAUUAUGAAUCUUA